GUGACUGUGUUUUCUUCAAUAAUGGCAGAAAGAAAUAUACGCCAGUCAGGGAGGAUGGAAGCGAGGUAAAGAGGAAGAAAGAGAAUAUAGCAAUGAAUGAGAGAGGACAUUUUCUUGGCAGUACUGUGACUGAGGAAGCUCAGACGUAUCUUGAUGUCUCUGCUGCUUCAUUUGUGUCUGCCAAUAUAAGGAAGCCCUGCAAUCAGCUAUGACAGAAGAAAUAACAUACGCUAAUCUGAAAUUUGGAAACAGCUAUGAAAUGGAUAAUAUCACAGAGUCUGAAGAUACUAAGGAAAAAGGGCCUCCCGCUUCAUCUCACCCUCAGUGGCCAGUAGUCCUGAUAUUGUUUGCGCUGUGCCUGGCAUUGCUGGUGACGCUGGUGACCAUCACAGUUUUAUUUUUACAGAUUCCCAAGGUCUACAGGACACAACUUCGAGACCUCAACAUGACAAAGAAUGAGCUGCAAGCGAAUUUCUCAAAUAUGCUGCAAGCAAUAGGAAAUCAGCUGUGCUUGGAAGGGGAAAAAAAACUUAAAAAUAAUGGCCAGAACUGUGUACUCUGCCCUGCAAACUGGAAGUGGGAAGGUGAUGAUACGUGUUACUACUACUCCGAGGAAAUGAAGUCAUUGGAACAGAGUCAGCAGUUUUGUUCCUCACAAAACUCCACUCUUCUUCUGAUAAAAGAGGCAGCAAAGCUGGAAUUGGUAAAAAAAAAACGUAGAAAUGCAUACUGGCUUGGAUUAACAUUUAGACAUGACCAGGGAGACUGGUAUUGGGCAGACAACACAGCUCUUACAGAAGAACAAAAGACUUGGAUAAAGGAUUCAAACUCCUUCAGACCCUGUGCAUACUUUUAUAAAGGUGUCAUAUAUGGCACAUCAUCAUGUGAAAACCAGUAUUACUGUAUCUGUGAAAAGCCCGCCAUCCGAUUACAGCGAGAUAACAACCAUUGGCAGGAGGACUGGUUUGUCAGAUCAAAAUGAUUAUGAGAAGCUAGAAGACAUUCUGCAAGACAUAUGUGAACUGUCUUCAUACUAAGGAAACGAGAAUGGUGACAAGUUCCAGGAGCAAGCCAAGCCUGUCAUUCCAGAUCCAAAACUGACAAAUGAUUACUCGUUUUUAACCAACAGAAGUGAUGGAGAAAAUGGCCAGAAAUGAUGGCCAGGAAAUGAAGCACAGUGACAGGGCAAGCAUGUAAAGACACUGCUCCUCUCCCAAGCAUCCAUUGAUACAGUCCUAAUACCACCUGUCAGUUCAUAACUGUACAGCUGUAACAUAACACAACUGAUGAGGAUUAAACACUUCCAUUCAGGAGAUGCUUCUGAUGUCUUGUUGAUCUGACUGCUUUAAUAUGCCAGUAGGCUGCAGUAUACAAUACACACAGUUAUCCUUAGAAGGUGGGCCAAAAGCGUUCCUGAACUGUAUUAGUAAUUGUAUUUCCUCUGGA